AUUCUUGUAAAUCAGAGUAAUCUUGACAUUCUAUCGUCUCGAGCAAGAUUCUUAUCCAAGUUCAGAUUAGCUCAAGUAUAAAGGUCAAUGGCGGCAGGAUUAGUCUGUUGUUUAAUGUCGAAAUACUUGAGUUCCGAUAAGAAUGGAACCAACGAACAAAACCUGAGUUUUUACACAUCCGCUUGUGAAGAAGAUCCAGAGCUCAAAUCCUUUGAUUCUUCGCUUGACCAACGACUUAGCAAAUUGAAGAGGUCGCUCACAACAGGAGGCAAGACUGGAAAUAAUUCCCUAAACGCAGUCAAGUCGGUGUGCGGGUUUCUAGUUGAAGUGAACCAAAAUUUGGCCGAGAACAUUAUCGCCAACAAAGAUUUAUUGAAGAGCGAAGAUCUAACGUCUUUGGUUGGCCUCUAUCAUGAGAGUUCCACGAGUACUCUAGAUCUAUUUAAUACAGUGAGGAACUGCACCAAUAAGGCAAAGUUAAGCAUUGUGAUCAUUCAAAUCGCGAUCCAACAGUUUGGAAAAGAGUCGAUGGAUACAGAGCUUGGAGGAAAAAAGAAGAAGUACGCCGAAACAUUAGAGGAGCUGAAUAAGGUCAAAGCUAUGGGAGAUCCUUUUGGUGACGAGUUCAAGGAAAAGUUGGAGUCUGUACGCGCGGAGCACCUUAUGCUUUUAGAGAAGCUCGGUGAGCUGGAGAAGAAACUUGAAAAACAACAGGAUAAAUUAAAGAAAAAGAGGAAAUUGACCACUAUUGCUUUCGCUUCUGUGGCUGCGUCUAUCUUGGCCAUAGAGGUUUGUGCAUGCUGUGUAGUACCUCAGGCUGCGUUAAAUGGUGUGGUUCAGGGUGCGGCUGGGUUGACCCAGCUGAUGGCAACUGGAGGACUAUAUGCCAAUGCUAAGAUGAAGAAUCGUGAGAAGGAUUUGGAUAGACAGAAAGAGGUGGUCGAUAUUAUGUUUGACAAUACGAAUGUCAACAUCCAAGGGACAAAUACGAUAAACAGCCUAGUGGACAAGCUUAUUGACAGUCUCUCAUUGAUUUUGGUGAAUGUGGAGCGUGCUGUGGUGAAAAGAGAAGAGGAGGCCGUAAAACCUGUGAUGGACCUAAUCCGUGACGAAGUGGAAGCGUUUGCUACGGCAAUCAAGGAAGUUGGUGAAGCUGUGGCUACGUGUAACUCAUGUGUGGCUUCGGGGAAACUACAAGUUCUGGAACACAUAACCAAUUCAAUGUCAUCUAAAGGGAAGAAGAAGUAA